CGCCCGAUGCACACUGCUCGCACACCAUUUGGCGACGCGGCGAGUCACUCGGCGAGGAUCCCGUAUACCGUCGCGGCACGGACAACGACGACUUCCUGAUCGCGCGUGUCGGCCAUCCGUCGAUGACAGUUCAGGCCCGGAACAGCCCGUGACUGAUCCAUACGUUCCGCGAUCAUACGUUCUCCAUGUCAUCGCGCGGAACCGGCGAACCGGUGACUGCUCACGGUGUGCGGUGACUACUUCUUUCCGCUCAUCGAUCGUCCACUCGCGCGGAACGUGUCAUCGUCAGCCUGUCGCGCGCAGACGACGCGUCGUGCGAUCCGCGGGAAACCAUGAUGGGGAUCAAGUGAUUGACCUGGGUGAGACACCGGUGAAACGGAAGAAACGGGAAAAGGGAAGAAGAGCGUCAGAAUAUCCUCCCCCUUCGAGAACAGUGCCACUCGCGGUCGCGAUCGCGGAGAGUGUCGAGCGUGUCCUGUGUCAUCGUCGGUGGUUCGACGUCGUUAUUCGAACGAAACGCGCAGUGAGACAACCGUCGUCGCGGUACGCAUCUCCGAUCGAACGACCGACAUCGCCGCGGGACUUCCUCCCCGGCACGGCAGGCGGUACACGGAGAAAACCCCCUCGCGCGCGAGGAGGACUCCGCGGCGGCUCCGAGGCGGCCGCACGCCUCAUCCAGCGCGCAGCUAAGCACCGGCUAAGAUUUUUCGCUCACUACCGAACUAUGCGUGGUGCGAGAUGGUGUGUUCUCUGACUAGCGGCAAGGCCUGCGCCGACAGCGGAGACCCGUGCCCGGACCCGCCAUCGCGCUCCACGCCGGAGGGCGGCGGACUCGAGAUCGCCGAGAACAUGUCGUCGUCGCUCAGCGACGCGCACCGACGCAACAAUAACCACCAUCUGGACCAGGGCGACCGCAGCUCGUCCGCGGGUUCCUCGCUGGGCUCGUGCUCGCCGCCGCCCGCCUCGAGCCACUCGCCGCCGCCCCCGCGGCCGCCUUGGCUCCACGACUUUCAUGCGGCGGCCGCGCCCCACGUUUUGCAGUUUCUCAAUCUGAGUGCCGCCGGGGGCGGCAUGCUCGGUAGUCAGCCGCUGGCAGCGCUGCACUCUAUGGCAGAGAGGAGUCAUCAGCAUCAGCAGCAACAGCAGCAGCAGCAACAGCAGCAGCAUCAGCAGCAGCAGCAACAACAACAACAACAACAGCAACAGCAACAGCAGUCGCAUCAGCAACAUCAUCCGCCGCAUCAGCAGCAACAGGGCGGCAUUCAAUUGCCGCGUAUCACAGUACCGUUAUCCACUAUCACGCAGGGCCAAUCGUCGCCCACCGGCAGCGGCAAGCACAGCCCGGCGACCUCCAUCACCUCCGUCGGCAGCAACCCCCACGGCAUCGACACGAUACUCUCAAGACCGACGGCAACAGUUCAUCCCCAGACGACGGUACCGCCGUCACACGCGACCCUGCCACCGACCCCGCAUCCCCAGCACAUGGCCGCGCCGCGAUACGCCAUGCACGCCGGCUUUACAGCGUCCUCGGGUAUCGGUCAAUUUCAACAAAGAGCGGAACCACGACACACCGCUGUCUAUUGGCCGGGCCUUCAGGGACUAGUCAGCGAUCCUCUCGCAUGGCGGGCAAGAUUACACACAUUGUCGCAACAGCUGGGCUGUCAGCAAGCGAUGACGGGCACGGGCGGCGGCGCCGGGGAACACGAGGGAGGCAAGAAGAAGCACACGAGGCCCACGUUCAGUGGACAGCAGAUCUUCGCCCUAGAGAAGACCUUCGAGCAGACCAAGUACCUAGCCGGCCCGGAGCGCGCCAAAUUGGCGUACGCCCUCGGGAUGUCGGAAUCUCAAGUCAAGGUGUGGUUCCAGAAUCGGCGGACGAAGUGGCGGAAGAAGCACGCGGCGGAGAUGGCGACGGCGAAGCGGCGGCAGGAGGAGGUCGAGGGCGUCGUCGCCGAGGGUGAGGACGGUUGCAGCGAUGCUGAGGCCGACGGCGGUAGCGGCGGCGGUGGCGGCGGCGGUGGUGGCGGUGGCGGCGGCGGUGGUGGCGGCGAGACCGCCGCGAAGAGGCUGCGAAGGGAGCUCGAACAGCAGUACAGGCAUUGAGAACCGCCGGGGACGGCGGGGGUUGCCCGGGGACACGCGGGGGCGCGAAAAAAGGGAAAAGAGGGACGCGGAGGAGAAGGAUAAGGCGUGGCCCGGGGGCGGCGCGUUCCGGAGGGUUCCUCGCGGCUUGUUCGGAGAACAACGCGCGUGUCGGCUCAGAAAUGAUCGUGGAACGACUGUACGGCGGCGGCAGAAAGAGAAAGAGAGAAACGAAGAAAGAGAAAGAGAGAGGGAGAAAGAGAGACGUUUGUUGCACGAGUGUGUGUGUCCGCGUGUCUUUCUUCGUGAUUUAGCCGGACGCUUAACGCGGCGUCGCGAGUGACGUACGGGAUGUUCGGGAAGUCGCGCGUCUUCUCCGUAUCACGGGAAAGUACGAGGGGACGGUUUUAAAAUUUUAAUAGAGAGCCGAUUGAGAAUUUUGAGGCUCGCCGAGUCGAUUCUUAUUGAGUUACGGGCGUAACGUCGGACGAUCUAUACGAAGGAAAGUAUAGAGAGAGGAUUUACUUUCGAGUUAACUUCCAGGUGAAUUUUUGCCGGAGCGAAAUUUUAAUUAGAGAAGUUUAAUUGUCGUCGCCUAGUCUUUCGUAAGGAGAACUUGAUUUUCCAAGAUUAUAUUAAGGAACUCUGCAACCGCGAGAGGAAGCGCGCGCGAUUUACGGGACGUCCGAUAUGUCUAACGUUUGUACGAAACGAGACGUAAGUGUUUCUCGCGACAAUACCGUGUCAGUAUAGUCGACGACGAUCGUGGCUCUUUGAAGCGAAUCAAUCUUUAUGGUGAUUGCCAUUAAUUUUGACCGUGUCAAACAUUUCGUCCGGUUCUAACGGGCGUUUCGAUUCGCUCUGAAACAUUGCGAAUUGCGAAGCGUUGAUUUUGUUGAUGGCGGAUUUGUCGGUGCUCGAAAACCAGUAAUGGUUUAAGUAAGUAUUAACGAAACGACGAGAGAGAGAGAUCAUUUAAAUCGAAAUUAAGCGCUACAAUGUAUAAAGUGAAAUACCAUUUAUUUAUUUAUUUUUUAUCUCGAUAAAAAAUUUUUUUUAUUAUUAUAAA